AUGAUCCUCAUUGAUUAAAUAAAGCAGCAUGAUGAAAUCUUGGCAAAGUAAUAGAAAAUAUUUGAAGAGUAGCUGAGAAGUUAAUAGCAAGUCAUAAAUUUAUUGCAAAAUUAGCUUAGUAAGAUAACAGUGAAUGGAAACAUAAACAAUCAUAACUAAAAACCCAAUCCAUAUGGACAUUAUGAAGCCUAAAAGCUAGAUUCAUCUAUUCAUACUAGAAAUACUCAAAACGAAAGCAGUUUGCAUACACCUAUAAUAAAAGCUUAGUAUUAUAACACUGAAGACACUGGAAAGAAACAAUACUUAUCUAGUACUAUUUCAAAAGAUUAGCAUAAAGUUUCCUUAUUAUAUAUGGACCACAAAACUUAUCUUGAUGAAAGACAUAAACAGUCUCAAGAUAGGAUAAGCCUUUUGAGAUAAUAGAAAAGAGAACAAGAGUUGACAGAACUAAAAAAGAGGCCACCUCAAACUCUUAAAAGCAAGUCAAGCAGAAAUGGCUAUCAAGAUAGAAUGACAAGAAGUCUUGAUAGAGAAAGAGGCACAUCCUCAUACAGUAGAUAAAUAGAAAAGAAUAAAGAAAAAAGUUUAAGCUAAAAAAGAGGAAUGAUAAUGAUUGAGAAGGGUGUUAACUUCACACCAAGAAUAUCCAAAAAAUCGCAAAGUUUAGAAAGAAACGUCAAUGACUUGCUUGAUUGGGAAAAGUCAAAAAAGUAAAAAAUAUAACUUACAGCCCAAGAAAAUAUCAAAGUUCAGGAACAGUCAUUAUAGAAGACAAUCUAGCUAUGUCCAGGUACAUUAAAAAUUAUGAAUCAAAUGAGAAAGAAUUCUUAAGAAAUUGAACAAGUUGGAGAAAGACUCUAUCAAAACGGCAGAGAAUCUUUGAUAAGGAAACAAGAAUAGGUUAUGAAAGCAAAUAAGUUGAAAUUGAAGUAGAUGAAACCUUAAAUUACUCCUAAAGGUAAAAAAUCAUAAGCAAUAUUCAUGGAUAAGGGUAAUAAAUGCUCUAAUAAAAAACCUAAGAUUCCAAAAGGAGGCAAGCAUGGAGGCAAGUAUUUGAAAUCUAAGGGCCGUAAAUCAAGUUAAGAGUAAAUGAGAGAGAAGCUUAAUAUGUUUAUUUAGACCAAAUAUUAGCUCUCAAACUAAAAGACCUAGAAUCAUACAGAAAUUAAGUUAAGUCGAAAUCAUGAUACUCCAAAUAAGAUCCUGCUUUAAACUUGCUCUCCAACUUUUGAAACAGAUAUAAGUAUCAAACAUUUUUAGAAUCUUGAAUAAGUUAAAAAGAUAGAAACAAGGCAGUCGCUUGCUUCAACCGGAGGGAGAGAAGCUCUAAAGUAGCUGCAAGCCAAUCCUAAUCUUAACCAAGAUGCAAUUAACAAAUACCUUGACUAGAGACUACAGCUAAUUGAUCAUGGCAACAAUGAUCACAGCUACCAAGAGUAAUCUCAUUUCAGUAAGAUUUAAUGUAGUGCAUCUCCGACCAUUAGUACUCCUAAGAACCAAAAUUAAAGCAGACCGAGUUUUCCUUUGACUGAGAUUACCUCAGGCCAUCAAAAUAUUGCUUAAGUCUAAGCUCCUCAUCCAUAGUUUAAAUAAGAAACAAAUCCUUACUAUUAAUAGUUAGGUAUGCUUUAAAAUCAAUAUCAAAUGCAGGUGAAUGGAUAGUUUAUUGGCUUGCCACAAUAAAUUUUACCUAUGGGACAUGGCUUUUACCCUUAUUAAUAUAACUAAUAGAUGCAAAAUGGUCAAAUGAUGUAAAAUCCUUAAUACACUGCUCAAUAAAUGUAACAGCCUGUGUCUUCUAUGCUAACUCAAGAAAUGAUCCUUUAAUAAAUUGAACUAAUCAAAUAAAACAUCAUUAAAAAUGAGCAGAUUUAGCAGCUUGAAUAGUAAAAGCGCCAAUAGCUCUAAUAAUAAUAAAAUUUGAAUGUAAACCACAGACCUUCUUUCUCUAGCAGCAAUAAUGGAGAUGUAAUUAGCAGUAAAAGAAUGGAUUCAAGGCUAUCUCUAGAUGAAGAAGAAGACUUAUUCAAGUAUUCUAUAGAUGAUUAAUUAUCGUCAAAUCACAAUCUAUUGCUCAUUUCAAAUAAUAAUUCUCAUAGAUGA